GUAUUCAUAGUGUCACCGACUCUGCCACUUAGUAAUCAUGGCCACCUACUUCUCGUAUCCUGACGUGAGCUUGCAGGAGGAACUGAAGAGAACUGCCGAAGCCAUUGUCACGCCUGGCAAGGGAAUUCUGGCUGUUGACGAAACUAAUGAUGGAAUCGGCAAGCUGCUGGCCUCAGUGGGAUUAAACAAUAGCGAUGAAAACCGCAGAAAAUAUAGACAACUCGUCUUCACUACUAACAACCUUUCAGAACAUGUAUCAGCUGUGAUACUAUUUGAUGAGACGGUGCACCAGAAGACUGAUGAUGGUAGAACCUUCGUAGAAGUUCUCCAGAAAAAUAACAUAAUACCGGGAAUAAAGGUUGAUAGAGAUGUAGUAGACCUGUUCCUGUCUGCAGACGAAGUGUCCACGCAAGGCUUAGACGAUCUUGCCAAACGCUGUUCCGACUACAAGAAGUUAGGUUGUAGAUUCGCAAAAUGGCGGUGCCCGUUGAAGAUAUCGGAGCACACGCCAUCGGUCAGGGCUAUCAAUGACACUGCCCAGAUCCUGGCGAGGUACGCCUCGGUAUGCCAGAGCCAGGGUCUGGUGCCGAUAGUGGAGCCAGACGUACUGUUAGAUGGUGAUCAUGACAUCGAGAGGACACAAAAAGUGACGGAGGUGGUUCUGGCCACCGUGUACAAGGCGCUGCUUGAUCAUCAUGUAUUUUUGGAAGGAACCCUCUUAAAGCCUAACAUGGUGACCCCAGGCAAGGAAUGCAAGAAGAGAAGCACCGCACAAGAAAUCGCCGUAGCAACCGUCACUGCCUUCCGGAGAACCAUCCCAGCUGCUGUACCAGGCAUCGCCUUUCUAUCUGGUGGCCAGUCAGAGGAAGAAGCUACUCUGAACCUCAACGCCAUUAACCAGGUGAAGCUGUACAAGCCCUGGGCUCUGACCUUCAGCUACGGAAGGGCUCUCCAGGCGUCCGUCUGGAAGACCUGGGCUGGCAAACCGCAGAACGUACCUAAAGCCCAAUUGGAACUGCUGAAAAGGGCAAAGGCAAACGGUUUAGCCUCGCUGGGGAGGUACGAGGCGGGAUCCAUCACCACAGCAGCCGGUGACAAGUCCAACUUCAGUACAAACCACAAAUACUAAAGCGAUUAAACAUUAAGUACCUGGAUGACCGAGCUUCGCUCGGUAUAGCAAACACUCAUUG